AUGGAAAUGAAAAUAGACAAUGAAGAAGAAGAGGAUAUAGAAUCAGAAGGGUUGAUAAAAAAAAAGAAAAAUAAUAAAAAAAAGCCAAAUAAUAUCAAUGUUAAUCUUAAUAUUUUGAAUAACAAAAAAAACUUUCAUAGAAAAAAUGCAAAUGUAGGGAGACGAAAAAAAAAUAAUAUAACUUCUUUAGAGUCAUCCUUAAAAAAUAAUAAUAAUUAUAUUACUGACCCAUAUACUAAAGUUUGUAUUAAUACACAUUAUGAUCAAGAUAAAAAUAUAAAUUAUAAUAAUAGAGAUAUAAAAGAAAAUAAUGGGAAUUUUAUAAAAAGAAAGAAAUGUGGUACUAAACAAAUAAAAGACAAUUAUACAAAUUAUGAUGAAAAUCAAAAUGGGAUAAAAAAAAAAAAUAAAAAAGUAUUAGGAGAUAAUAAAAUUGUGAAUGUAAACAUAAGAGGAAAUAAUAAGACAUUGAUUGAGGAGGAAAAUAAUAAUAUAGACAUGAUAGAUAACAAUAAACAUGUUCGAAAAAUAAAAAUUAAAACUACAAUAAAUAGACCUGAAGAAAGAACAGUACCAUGUAUAAGUUAUAGAAAUAAUAAUUACCAAUUAAAAAUAGGAUGGUGGAAUUUAGGAAAAAAAUUUAAACUAUUUUCUAAUAUUGAAAAAUGUAAAGAAAAUAUUAAAGAAAAAUAUUAUAAAAAUCGAAAUAAUUGUAAAAAUAUAUCAUCAACAAUAUCUACAAAUAAAUAUUUUAAUAAAUUUUUACCUAACGAAUAUUUAUAUACACCAGCAACAAAUAUAAGUUAUUUUAGAAGUAAAAAUUCAUUAAAUAUUAAAACAGAUCCAGUUAGUGAUUUUCACAAACUAAACUUAAGACCUAUUACUGGUUUUAUGCAAUCAUAUAAGAAAGAGAAAGAUCGAAUAAAUAAAUCAAAUCCUCGUGCUAUAAUAAAGGUAUCAAAAUAUCCAUACAUACAAGAUGGGUAUCAAAACACAUUAAAUAAUAAUAAGUUUUCCAAAAAAAGCGGAGAAGUAAAAGAUGGAUUAAGUAUAGGUAAAGCCAAUGUUCUUAUUUCAGAUAAAAAAAAUUCAAACUUAGAUGAUACUUUUGGCUUUUUUGCAAAAAUAUCGAAAAAUGACAAACAAAUGGAAGAUCAACCAAAACCUAAAAGAGUUCAGAUAAAAUUGAGAAAGAGUAAAUCAAAUAAUGAAGGAAAAAAUGAAAAAAAAAAAUUGAAAAAAUGUAAAAAUAAGUCAAUCAUAAUAAAACAAAAUAAAAGAAAUUCUAGUGAUGAUUCUGAUAAUUUUCAAAAUAUCGAACAUGUAAGAAUAAAAGCAAAGAAUCUAAACUGUUCAAACAAAAGAAUAAAUAGACAUAUAGAAAUGACAAAAAAUUCAGUAUCACCAUAUGGAUCUAAUCUAUUAACUGAUGAAAGUUCUGUAAAAACAAAAUCAGAAGAAUUUUAUAAAUUACCGAAAACCGAACAAGAAGAUUUAUCUGAGGGUGAUAGAGAAAAAUCAGAAGAAUCAAGUAUGAGCCAUUUAUACAAAUCAAAUGAAUCAUGUACAAGCAGUUUUCCAAAAUCAGUGUCUAGCUAUGGAAAAAACCCUCAUGAAAUAAGAAAAAAAAAUAAGUACACCAAAAAAAAUAUACCACCAAAUUUUAAUAUUAAAAUUAAAUCGAAUGCUAGAAAAAAUAAAAAAAAAAAGAACAAAUAUAGUUAUAGAAAAUAUAGUGGAGAUAUAAGCAGUAUUGUUAGCAAUUAUAGUAAUAGUAUCGAGGAGUCAGGAAAUGCGUCUUCUGUAUAUAGACACGAAUCAGAUAAUAAACAAAUGAAGUAUUAUAAAAAAUAUAAUAACAAAAAAGAGAGUAAUAGUUGUGAAUGCAAUAAUAAUUAUGCUAAAAAUAUAAGCCAACUAAACAAUGCAAAUGUAAAAAAUAAAAUAAAAAUAUGUAGAUAUAAAAAUGAUAAAAAAAAUUAUAAUAAUACACAAAGCGAUUUUUGUGUAAGUAGUGAAAAUAAGUUAAUGGAAAAUUCCAAAGAAUUAAAUUAUGAUAAACAUUUAGAUCAAAAUUUUAAAAAUAACACAAAUGAAUGUUCUUCAGAAAAUGGAACUAUAUCUAACGAAUAUACAGACUCAAUCGGAAUGGACAGCAAAAACAAUUUAAGAUAUUGUAGCUUUGAUGAGGAAAAAGAAAAUAGUGAAAAUUGUAAUUGGCAACACUUUCAAAACUUUCAAAACUACGAUGCUAAUCGAAAUUUUCAAAUCAAUGAUAGUCAUAAAAACAUAAAAAGGUGUGACUCUUUUCAGCUGGAAAAAGAAUAUGAUGACUAUUUUUGCAAGUCUUAA